UGUGAAGCUCUCAUUGGGGAAAGAAGAAUGACAGAGAAGAUAAUAGAAACGAUCAUUACCUGUGAGUUCAUUCACCCCUCUGUAGAAGUAUCAGCCAGACAAUUCUCUUUCCGGGUGGAGAAGAAACCCAGUGAUGUCCUGACGCUGCAGUACCAGCCUUUGGCUUUAAAAAACACCUGCCUGCUGCCACUGGACCUUAUGCUGGAUGUGGAGCAGCCGUUCCUGGUCUGUGAUGAGGACCAGCAGCCCCUCCCAGAUGGCCAGCCCGUGACAGUGGAUGUAGGGGAGACCUGUCAUCUCUACAUCGCGUUUGACCCAGCUUAUGAACUGGAUUUUAAGAGCUGGAAAAAAGAGAAGGUUCUGAAGAUAGACAUGGUCAGGGGCCAUCCUUUUGUGGAGCAUAUCACCCUUCGGGGAGAAGUCCACUUCCCAAAUCUCCAAAUCCAGCCCAGCACCCUGGAGUUUGGCUGCAUCGCGGCUGGCACUGAAGAAGUGCGUUCUCUGGAGAUCACCAACUGCAGCCCAUUUCCUGUAAAGUACCACUGGUCAUUCCAUCCCGACAGCCAGGUGAACAAGUUGAGAGAUGAGCCUUACCCACCUAAAUUCAAACCUGAACCACCAAAGAUGAAGAGAACCUAUUCGGCUCUUUUGGCAUCUCAAUGGAGAGACUUCAGGAUUAAAAGGAAGGAGGCAGCCAGAGCCCUGAAAGAAGGGCAGGAUUUUAAACCAUCUAUAGGAGAAGAGGUGCCACCACAACCUUUUGAAGACCCUCACCUCCCACUAGAGUUGGAGGGAUUCAGGUACUUCGUGGACAUCCCAUACACUCGCCUCGAAGUGGAGGAGGCUUUCAGUAUCCUGCCACUGUCAGGUGUGCUGCAGCCAGGAGAAAGCCAGCAGGUCUCCUUCACCUACUUUGGCCACCUCAACACCAUCUCUGAUGUCACAGCACUGUGCCACGUGGAGGGAGGCCCCACCUACGAGGUGGUGGUGACCGGGGAGGUCUCACAUCUCACCUACUCCCUGAGCCUCCAGGAGAUCAACUGUGGCUCUCAGAUGUUUAAUGAAAUUGGUCACAGCACGGUCACCCUGUGGAACACUAGUCAAAUCAAAUUCAACUGGGUGCUAAAGCCCAGCGCUGCAGACCGGCAUCUGCCUGGUGUGUUUCUGGUCAACCCCACCACUGGCUCCAUUGCACCUGGCAAGAAGCAAGUGCUGAAAUUCUCUUACAUGCCAGGAUUACCAGGAGCCUUCAUCAGGACUUACCAACUUAAAGUGGGUCACCUGGACCCAGAAAAUAUCCUCCUGAAAGGAGAAGCAUCCUUUCCCAUGAUCAGUGUGAACCUGCCCUGGAACAUCAAAGAAAAUGAAAAAUAUGAGAAGACACUGAAACGGCUCAUAACACACCGGCAAAUAUUCAAUCAGUGGAAUAAAUCAGUUGUUCAGAAGAAGACUCGGAGGCCAAAGACUGAGACCUUGAAGUCUCAGACCCUGAAAACUCAGACCACUGAGAGUCAGACCUUGAAGACUCGGAAUCCAAAGACUCAGGACCUGAAGCCCCACAUCCCUCGCUCUGGCACUGUAUCAAACUCUCAGAUGCAGAUAAAGAUGAUGAGGAUGCUGAUAGAGAAGCCUUUUCUGGAGUGGCAGAAAGCGCUUCCAUCCCAUCCCCUGAAGAGAAGUUUCCCUGAUGAGGAGCUGUGCCAGAGUCUUGUCAAAGCUGAGCUGUUUGAGUAUGUCCUGGACAUGGGCCCUGUCCUUAAGGGUUACACUGAGACAUGCACUCUGAAGAUGACCAACCCUGGGCAGAUCCCAGUGUCCUUCCAGGUCGAUGUAUCUCUCCUGCAGGACACAGGUUUCAGUGUGGACCUGGGCCUGAUGAGGUGCCUGCCCCCCGACCACACUGUGGUGCUUGAAGUGCACUUUGAAAGUGCCCACCAGCCCCAGGGUGACGUGGAUGUGCUGCUGCCCAUAGAGGUGACAAACGGCCCCACAUACAGCAUCCGCCUCCAUGCCACCGUGUCUGAACUGUCUCUCGAACUCUCCAACAACAGACUGCACUUCUCUGACACCCUCAUUGGGCAGUGCCAGGUUGAGACCAUCCGACUCUACAACUGGUUCCGAGCACCCUGCAAAUGGUUCAUUACUGCCACCAAGCCUGUUCUGAAGAUCAAUCACCUCAAAUACACGACACCAGCCGUACGUCAGAAGCGGCGGGUGCUGGAGGAUGAGCCCUGUCCCUUUGAAGUGACGCCCUCCAGAGGAACCCUUGGUGCAGGAAAGUGGCAGAACUUGCAAGUCCAGUUUACACCCAAGGAGGAGUGGUCUUACAAGAAUGAGCUGAAGCUUAACAUUUGUGGGAGCAGCAAACACUUAAAGCUGCACCUCUCAGGACAAGGUCUGGAGCCACGGUUGGAGUUCAACCCCCCAGAACUAAAGAUGGGAUGGAUGCUGGUGGACAGCGAUGGGCUGGAGGCCACAGUGGUGGUGAAGAACCCAUGCGACUUCCCCAUUGAGUUUUACUCCCUGGAUUUUGAUGAGCAGUACCUUGAGGAGGAGAAGAUCCUGCGGGUGGCAGUGGGGUCCGAGUACCAAAAGAACUUUUUUAUGCCUCCACGUGCCGUGGGUGAGACGCUGCCCCCAGAGGUGCUGGAGGACUAUGAAGCACAGAGGAGGCUGAAUGCUCAACAGGCAAAUCUCAAGGCCAGAGCUGAGGCUGAGGCUGAAGCCAUGGGCAAGGCAGCACCAGCACAUCACAGGACUCUCACAUUCUGUCCUGAGUCCAUGGUGAAAGGGUCUGGCAAUCCUGUCUCUCGGGCUGUCAUGCGCCACCUGGGCAUUGACCCAUCUUCAGAGGGGCAGCCCAGAGGGAUUGUUGUCAUCGUCCAUGGGCCACCGCGGGCAGGAAAGACAGAGGUAGCAGCAGGCCUGUGUCAGUACUAUGAUGCUGCUUACGUGUCCAUUGACACCGUGGUGAAAGAGGCCAUGGCCAACGAUGGGAGCCCAGCAGGGCUCAGUGCCCGCGAGCUCUGCACCGACGCUGCCAUGGAGCCAAAAGGCAGCGACAAAGAUAAUGGAGGUAAAAAGCCUCAGCUCAGGAAUAAACAAGCCUCUGGGGACAAAAUCAACAAAGAUGCCAAAGACAAGACCCCUUCAGCACAAAAGGAGAAGCCAGCCAGCAAACCCAACAUAAAGGACACCAAGUUCACAGUUUCCACUGCUCCUGCGCCGCAACAGCUGAACAUCAUCAGCAGUUCUGGGGAAGAGCUGAACUGCUUGAGCUGUGUGCUGCCCGAGGACCUGCUGGUGGACAUCCUCAGUGAGAGGCUGAAGUGUAAAGACUGCUACAAGGGAGUGGUCUUUGAUGGCUUGGAGACCCUCUUUGCAAGCAGCCUGGAAUCUUCUCUGCUCUGUGUACUCAAAGCUGUCAAAAAUCGUUGUCAUAUCUUCAUGGUGAACCUGCAUCAGGAUUAUGCUUCUUGGCAAGCCAGGGAUGAAGCUGAAAGAAAGAGGAAGGAAGCUGAAAGAGAGAAAGAAGUACUGCAGCGGGAAAAAGCUAUUCAGAGGUACAUAGAAUGUGUCUUGCAAAUGGAUGAGGACGAGUUUGAUGCCCUCCCUGAGGAGAAGAAAGCAGAAGUGGAUAAAAUGUUAUUGGAAAAGAAGCGCAUACAGAGGGAGAGGGAGCAGAAGCGGCUGGCUCAAAAGCUUGAGGAGGAGGCAAAAGCCUUAGAGGAGGAAGAGAGGCAGAAGGAGGAAAAGACUAGUGUCUCUGUGGGGAAGCAACCUCCACAACCAGAGAAGGGGCAAACCAAACCCCCAGAGGAGAAGGAAACCAAACCCCCAGAGAAAAAAACUAAGCCUCCAGAGGAGGAGGAAAGCAAAAUCCCAGAAAAGAAGGAAACCAAAACCCCAGAGAAGAAGGAAACCAAAAUCCUAGAGAUGAAGAAAGACAAAAUCCCAGAAAAGUGGAAAUACAAAGCCCCAAAGAUGAGCAAAAUCAUAAUCCCAGAGAAGGGGGAAGCCAAAGCCUCAGAGAUGGGGGAAAUCAAACUCCCAGAGGACCCAUCUGAGAUGGAGAACUUGAUCCUGAGGUUUCAGAUCUAUGAGUCAUCGCAGCAGAACGUCACAGAGGUUUUGUCCUACUGGGACAGGGUUCAGGGUACCAUGCAGUUACCUGUGAUCCAAAAGGGAAACAAGUCCCAGUCUUCAGCUGGAAACAAAGGUCAGAAGACCAAUAAGCCUCAGGAGAAGCUGGAGAAGCUUGAACAAAAAAGUGGAGACCAAAGGAGUCGUCAGUCAUCUCAGCUGGAGAUGCAAAGUGAAGUUGCAGAGGGGGCAGUCAGAGACGAGCAUGUUGGGGUGCCGUGCCUGGACAUCCAGGUCUCAGAUCCAAAGGCCAUGAUCGGGGAGAUCCUGAGGGAUGGGAAGCUGCCAUCGGAAGACGAGAUGCUGCAGCAUGUGGGACUGCAUCCCGACGGCCCUCCCCUUGCCCCUGCUGCUGUGCUCUCCAUAGUCGAGUACCCAGAGGAGCGGCUGGGCCCUGCAGGGCGUGUGGAGCCCUUCACCAUUGUGGCACCAGAAGGUGCUGCUGUGGAAGACAAUCUGGCCGAGGCCCCAGAUGUGAAGGGCAGUUCUGCCGAGGGCCAACCAAAGACAGGUGAAGCAGCCAGCAGAGACAGCUCUGCAAAGGAGAAGCAGAUCUCCACACAGAGAACAGAAAGUCCCCAGGAUUCCUCUGCAACGAGAUCCCAAAGUACACUGGAAAGUGCCUCAGUCCCCACAGAAUUCCUCAGGCUGAAACGGUACCGGUGGGUAGUGCCUGCCCACGGUGAGGUGGAACUGAAGGUUCACUUCUCCGCCAAAAGGCCAGGGAAGUUUGAGCAGACGCUGAGGUUUGAGCUCGUGCAGACAAAGCGCCAGUACAAGCUGCCCUGCCGUGGCACCAGCCUGUACCCCAGCAUCAGCCAGGACCCAUGGGUGGUGUUUCCACAGUGGAGGGAGACCAUGGAGGAAGAUGAAAUCCUCUUCAAGGAGUAUGUUGAGAGCACAAAGCAAUUCCACUUUGGACCACUGCUGUGUGGGAAAUCAAGAGACUGGUACAAGGCCCAGAACUGUCCCAGCAACUUGGAGAAUAUAACCAUCCUCAACAACUCCCCCAUGGACGUAGAGGUCCAGUUCUCCUUUGAGAAUGCUGGGGAAGGAGCAACGUUCCUCUUGGACCCUCCCAGCAUGGCACUGAAACCAAAGGAGAAGCAGGAGCUGACCAUUUGGGCCUACCCCACUUCCCCUGGCUUCCUGCAAGACAAACUCAUCUGCAGCGUUGGGAAGAACCCGGAGCCAGUGGUCUUCAGCCUGUGCUGCCAUGGGGUGCACGUGAAGCUGGAGGUCAGCCCCCUGGAGCUGUCUUUUGACAAGAUGCUUCUGCACAGGACUGACAGCAGGACCUUGGUCCUGAAAAACAACACCCUGCUGCCCAUGGCCUGGCAGCUCAGUGGGCUGGAUGACCUUGCUGAGGACUUCUCCUUGUCACAAGAUAAAGGCACCAUUGAUCCUCGCUCAGAGUUGGAAGUGACAGUGCAUUUCAAUGCCGGACAGAUUGGCAGCAUUGAGAAGACCCUCCGACUAGAGGUUUCAGAUACAGAAAACAUCCUGGGGAUUGUUCAGACUGAAAACAUCAAAAUCUCUGCAGAGGUCUAUGAGGUUUCUGUGAGCCUCAACAUGCCUGAAGGUCCAGAUGGAAGCUUGGAAUUUGGAACCAUUAGUGUCCUGGAUAAUGUGAAGAAAGUCCUGAGUCUGAAGAACAAAGGGGUAUACAACACUGAGUACAGUUUCACGCUGAAGGGUGCAGGUCGCAGAAUGCAAAACGUGGCAUCCCACUUCACUGUUCAGCCUCAGUCAGGCAUGCUGGCUGCCUCCCAGCGUGGUGUGAAUAUUGAGAUACUCUUCCACCCCACAAGUGAAAUUCUCCUCAAGAAUGAGCCCAUCAUCUCCUGCCAGGUGAUAGAUGCCCGCUCAGGUGAAGGAGGCCAGGUUGUCACCAGCAUCCCAGUGAAGGUGUCAGCGAAAGCCGAGUACAGCAAGUACAGCAUUGAGCCUGCCUCACCCAUCGACUUCGGUGCCGUGAUCAAGGGCACCAAGAAGAGCCAGGCUGUCGUGCUGGAGAACAAAGGCGCGCUCAACCUCAAAUUCCGCGUCCGCCGAGCACCCGAGCUUGCAUCUGCGUCAGAAAGCAAAAGUUUAAAGCAAGGGGAAUCUGCUGCAUCAGCUACAAAGACCUCAUCAAGGAAAUCAAGCUCCUUGUCACAGGGUCACCUCAAUCUUGGCAUGUUCACGGUGUCCCCCUGCUCUGGCUCCAUCCGUCCGUGGGGUCAGCAGAAGAUCACAGUGGAAUGCCUCGCUGGGCAGGAGGGGACAUGUGAGGAGCAGCUCUACAUUGACAUCCCAGGCAGAGACCCCGAGGACAAUCCCCUCGGCAUUCCCUUUACCCUGAUGGCCGAGUCCUGCCUCCCAGGAUUUUCUGAGGAUGUCAUGUUAAUCUUCAAGGAGUACCCAAUCUGCAGCAGCACCAACCUCAGCCACAUGCUGCAGUCGGUGACAGGCACGGGCCUGUUCAUCAGAGAUGAGAACCAAUUCAUCUUCCACAAGGUUCUGGUUGGGCAAGAGGCUGAAGCUCAUUUCAAGAUCUAUAGUGCAAGCCGUCUGCCAUGUGACGUGGUCCUCUCCAUCAAGCCCCUGCCUGGAAAGGAACAAAUCCCUAUCAGAAACAUUUUCAAGUUGGAUCCAGUCAAGAUGUCUGUUCCUGGCUCAUCCCAUGCCGUUGCCACGGUGACCUUCACCCCACCAGAUGAACAGAACUAUGACUGCACUUUCAAGGCUUUCUUUGACAUCCCAAAAGGCCCUGUGAAAAUUAAACCCCAGAUCCUGACCUUCACCAUCAGUGGGAAGGGGCACAAGCCACAGCUGACAGUCGUGUGCCCAAGUGCUCGCACCAAGAGGGGAAAUGCCUUGCUGCGCUUCAAGAGGCUCCAGGUGGGGGAUUCAGAGACGCUGCCCCUGGUCAUCCGUAACGAUGGCAUCAUAUCUCUCAAGUUUAUGUUGCGCCUAAAGGAUGAGCAUGGAGCGUUCUUCUUGAAAGGCAGGGCCUCCACACUCGAGGUAUUCCGCACUGAAGAUGUGGAAGAGGACUCAGUUGGAAAGGAGAGCAACGCCCCAAAGAAGCCUUUCUUCCUUCUGCAUCACGGGCAAUCGACAGAGUUGGAUGUCAUUUUCAAACCCACCCUGGCUCAACGUCUGGAAGGGAAGAUUUGUCUGUUCGUGAAGGACAUCUCUAGCAAAACCCUAGUAGAGCUGGUGGGUGAAGGCCACAGGGAUGAAUUCACCCUCGAUGGCCUAGAGGAAGACACAGAGGAGGGGUAUACUGAGAGCAUUCUGAAGAAAGACAUCAUUGAUGCUGUCAGAGUGAAUCACCUCCAGUUUGGGGACUGUUCUGUCGGGGGGUGCUGCUGCAGGACCUUCACCAUCACCAACCACACCCGUAACCAGUUCAUGCGCUUUGAGUGGGAGGCAGACGCCCCAUUCCAGUUCUCCCCCAAGGUGGGACACCUCCAUCCUGGCUGUGCCAAGGGCAUCACAGUGACUUUGAAAUCAGAUGACCCAGCCACCUUCAGGAGGCACCUUGUGAAAUGUAAGGUGACCAAGAUCAACUUUGAUCUGCCACGAAGGAAGGUUCCUGACUGGGAUGACGAAAAGUGCUCAAGGUACACAUUGAAGAUGGCCACCAGGAAAGACCCAGAAGACAAAUUCCCUAAAAUAGAGAAGGAGCUCAAGAUAGCCCCGGAGCCGGCUCACACUGUGGUGGAGGAGAGCAGCCAGGAGUUGGAGGUGUACCUCAGUGCCGUUGUUGCCUACUCCCAGUUGAAGCUGAACACGAUCGAGGUUCAGUUCAAGGAUACCUUUCCCUUCCAGACAAGGACAACCACUUUCAAGAUUCACAAUAAAGGGAAGUCAGCGCUGGAAUACUCCUGGGAGGAUGGUGCAGAUAGAGAACCGUUGUUGUGAGGCAGGAUGGGAACGAAAAGACUCCAGGAUCAGAAGGCAAAGAUGAAUUGAACUCUAACUACUACUUUUUUUCAAAUACAUCACUCUUUUAUAGAGUGUAUCGUGCAGACUAAUUUCAUUUGUCCGAAAGUAAAAACAUCUUACAGCGUUGGUGUGCAGUGAACGAUGCACAGUGGCAGAACAUCUUAAAACAAUGUGAACAACAAGAGAGAUAAAUAAUUAUUUACAUUCUUUCCCAA